AUACUCAUUUGGCUAUGAGUGCAAUUACAAAACAGUAUUGACUGCAUGUAAUAAGACCGGGUUAUUCCCUUAUUUGCACCAGAACAUUAAUUAGGAGUGAUGUGGUUUCGAUUUUAUCACUGAAGAGUGAGAGCAUAAAAUACGAAGAAAAGGUUUUUCCAUUUUAAAAAAAAAGUACGUUUGUACGUAUUUUGGGGGACAUUUGGUGAUCAUGUGGAAGUACGGAUUUCUGGUGCUCCUUGGCGCAAUAUUUGUACGCGCACAGUUUCCAAGGGAAUGUGUCACUCCAGAAGGACUAAGAAGUGGUCAGUGCUGUCCAUCCCCCUUGGGACUCCCGAACGAUGCUUGCGGGUCCAGCACAGGACGCGGACAGUGCAUAUCUGUUUCUGCAGAUUCACGGCCUCACGGCCCCCAGUAUCCCCAUGAUGGACGGGAUGACCGAGAACUUUGGCCCGUUCGUUUCUUCAACGGCACUUGUCAGUGCAAUGGAAACUUCACCGGUUAUAAUUGCGGCCGUUGCAGACACGGGUGGACAGGGAUAAACUGUGAUCAGCCGGUCGCGGUUGUUCGGAGAAACGUGAUGCAGCUCAGCUCAGAUCAGAAGAGAGCAUUCGUGAAUGCGCUCGACCAGGCCAAGCGCACGGUGCACCCCGAACUGGUCAUCGCUACACGGCGAUACCAGGAAAUAUUUGGACCAGAUGGAAACACAAUGCAAUUUGAAAACAUCACAAUUUACAAUUACUUUGUGUGGACCCACUACUACUCUGUCAGCAAAACCUUCUUGGGGGCCGACCAGCCGAGUUUCGGCGGGGUUGAUUUCUCGCACGAAGGCCCCGGUUUUGUCACAUGGCACAGGUAUCACCUGCUCCAACUUGAGAGGGACAUGCAGGACAUGCUGCAGGAUCCCUCCUUCGCUCUGCCCUACUGGAACUUUGCCAUCGGCGGCAGCACGUGUGACAUCUGCACCGACGACCUCAUGGGCGCCCGGAGCAGCUUUGACAUGAACUCCCUGAGCACCAACUCCCUCUUCUCCCAGUGGAGGGUCAUCUGCGAGAGCGUGGAGGAUUACGACUCUCUGGGCACCAUCUGCAACAACACUGAGACCACCCCGAUCAGGAGGAACCCUGCGGGGAACGUCAACCGCCCCAUGGUGCAGCGCCUGCCCGAGCCCCAGGACGUGGCUGACUGCCUGCAGGUCACCGCCUUCGACACGCCGCCCUACUACUCGACCUCCUCCGAGAGCUUCCGCAACACCAUCGAGGGCUAUAGUGCUCCCCAGGGCAACUACGACCCCGCUGUGAGGAGCCUACACAACCUGGCCCACCUGUUCUUGAACGGGACGGGCGGACAGACCCACCUCUCCCCCAACGACCCCAUCUUUGUCCUGCUGCACACCUUCACGGAUGCCAUCUUUGACGAGUGGCUGAGGAGACACGGCCCGGAUUCCGCAGUCUACCCCUCAGAGAAUGCCCCCAUCGGCCACAACCGAGGGUACAACAUGGUGCCCUUCUGGCCGCCAGUGACGAACGCUGAGAUGUUUGUGAGCGCUCCCGAGAACCUUGGGUACUCGUACGAGGCAGAAUGGCCAUCUCAGCCCUUUACUCUGACCGAGGUCAUCACCAUUGGCAUCGUGGCGGCCCUGGUCGUCGUGGCGAUCAUUUUCGCCAUCACCACGUGCGCCGUGCGCUCCCGGUCCAAGAUGGAUGGCCGACAGCCGCUGCUCGGGGAACAGUACCAACGUUACGACGACGACAAAAGCCAGUCCGUAGUCUGACAUCGCCGCUCCAGCAAAGCAUCCUUUGCAAAUCGGAUUCAAAAUGACUGUCAAUUUCAAUAUGGUUUGCGUCCCACUCUGAUCCUCCAUAACAUGAUUUUUUUAUUUUGUUUUAUUGUUUUGUCUGGCAAGCAUAAAAACAGGUGUAUUUGUAAAACAUUCGAAUUGAAACCAAUUUGGGCUAAGCUGUAAGUUAAGUGUAGAUCUACUACAUAGCAAUACCUACAGUACCAACAUUUUAGUUGCAUAGGGACCACAAUGUACUUUUAAUUACAGUUUAGCGGUACAAGUAAAUACACAGAUGAAAGUGAGACUUUCAACUGCCCCUUCACAACAUCCACUUACCCCUUACACCCCUCCCCCAUACUUGACUUCCGAAACGUUUGUAAUAACCUAUAGGUCUACAGCUGACACUUAACGCCAUUGAAUUACAUAACUAUUCCUGUAACUGCAACGUUGUACUAUAGCUUAUGUAGUUCAUGUACAGUUCGUGUCAAGUUUGCUUUCAAAUUGUAUAAAUGGAUACAAAUUGAAUGUACGUAAGGGUCAAAAUUCAUAUUGCACAACAUUCUUAGUUCAGUUAAGUCCUUGAUGUAAAAUGUAUAUGAUUUCUUUAUAGCACAGAUUAAAUGUGUUGAACAUUUCAAAAA